AUGGAUUUCGCCUCUCUCAUGUCUAAAGAGAUCGCGAAAGCGAAGCCCAAGGCUGAGAGCGCCCCAGCCGACAGGGCUGCCCCCGGCAAGUACAUGAGGCGCGCCGACGUGGAGGCAGAACGACAAAAGGCCUACCUGGCGGAGCAGAAGGAGCUCGAGGAGAAGCGCGCGGCCAAGGCGGCCGAGAAGCGGAAGCGUGAGGAAGAUGCCGCCGAGGAGGCGCGCAUCCGGGAUGAGAAGCGCCGCAAGCUCGAGGAGGAUACCAGGAGGCGACGCGAGGAAACCGCCAAGGAGGAGGAGAGGAAGCGGAGGAAGCGACUCGGCCUGCCGGAGCUCAAGGAGGACGAGAGUGCUGAUGCUUCUGCGGACGGCGACGCCGAGGAUGACAUUCCAGACGGGGAACUGAUUGAAAAGCUGCGCGCUCUGGGCGAGCCGGCCAUUCUGUUUGGAGAGUCACACAAAGGACGUCUGAGACGACACAAAAAACUUACCACGGUGGUGUCCAAGGGCCCGAUCCCGACAACGAUACAGAUGGUGGAUGAAAAGGACAUGAAGGUCGACGGCACCAUGCCCAAGGAUAAGGAAGCUCGGAGAUAUCUGUUCCGCCAACUGGCUUCUUACUUUACCAUGGUGCUCCGGGAGUGGGAGAUGGCGCUUGCGCAGGAGGAGAGGCGGGAUACAUUUGAAAGUCGGGCAGCAGUGACGGCCAUGAUACAGAGCCGGGAGAACAUGACUCCCCUGUUCCGCAAGCUUGAAAAGGACGACCUGGACGACGACAUCCUCGAGCCUGUGAUUGAGAUCGUCAAAGCGGCACAGGAGCGACGAUACGUGGAUGCGAAUGACGGAUACCUGCGUCUGAGUAUUGGCAAAGCCGCCUGGCCCAUUGGUGUUACCAUGGUGGGUAUCCACGAGCGAAGUGCGCGAGAAAAGCUGCAUGACGGCGAGAGAGGACAUGUCAUGGGUGACGAGGUUACGCGAAAAUAUCUUCAGAGCAUCAAGCGCUGUCUCACGUUUGCGCAAGUUCGGUGGCCGCCCGAAGAUAUCAGACAACUCAUGGGAUAG